AUGGUUGGCACACUGGGCCUGCAAUCCAGAGGCUGGGCGUACCGCUUCCGCGUGGCGGCGCUGAACGCGCACGGCGAGAGCCCCUGGAGCGUCCCCUCCACGCCGUUCUAUCUCUCGGGCUCCCCCGGGGGGGCGUCCGCCUCCCAGCGAAUGCUCGCCGCCCCCCACAUCUCCGCCACGAAGGCCGUGAGCGACACGUCCAUUCGCAUCACCUGGACCUUUCCGUCUGCCGCAGCUCCGGCGCAGCCCGUGCAGAAGGUGACCGUCUACUACCGCCCCACCGACUGCGACAACGAAGAAGACUACCACAAGAAGAUCCUGCACGGUGAGCGCCUCGGCGGCACCCGGCACGAGCCACCGCCGUCACAUCGGCUUAGAGCUCUGCGGGAUGUUUAGAGUUUGAGGGACGUCACGUGUGAGCGGCCCUCGCGCUGUGCAAGUUGUACGCAGGUGAACGCCGUUCCAGCUACAGACGCAG